AUGCCUCAACGCUCGCUCUCAAACACAUCAGACGCGUCCCUCGCUAGUAUGCACAGCCAUGCUCCUGCUAUUGCACCAAUCGCUCCUGCUGGUCGUUCGCGUGUCCGUCGUCAACCAAGUCGCUCCGCGUUGUCCGCCUCACAACCUCAGCUCUCCUCCUUCUCCAUUUCUGGAGGCAUGGCAGAGACACGCGAUGCGAUGGGUGGUUGUGAUCCGCUUGUGGUUAAUCUCAAACAAGCUAUACAAGUAUGGGAUGGCUUGAAAAUACCACAAGCAAGUCCUGCAACCGGUACAACAGCUGAGCCUGUCGGUGGGAUCUCCAUUGAGGAAGAGACAGCUAUGCGGGAAAGUGAGGAGAUUCGUCGGAUGCUGUCACAGUACAGACAUGACCAGCAACAACAGCAACAAGCAUACCGUGCUUCACACAGAUCCGGUGCAUCACGGCAAGGGAACGCUGGGAAGGAUUUGUUUGAUGAUUCAGAUUGGGAUAAUUUGACUGUUGCAGGGAUGGUGCGCGGUGUGAUGCUUGAUCGAUCACGGCGGGAACUUGAGCGUGAUGCUUGGAUCUUUGAGUAA